GCUUUUAAAACAUUGACGCCAUACGACCCUUUUAAGAACGGCUUAGAGUAGAGAAAGCCGUUGGGCAACGAUGUUUGCCCUUGUCAUAGUCGCAAUUUUUUUCCUACCCUUUGGCGACAGUAAAGAGCCUCAUGUCUAUGAUUACUGGAAAAGUAUAUUUGGUUGGACUAACGAUGAUCACGAUUUGAUAGCUUAUGCUGUCAAUUAUCAUGGGGGAAAGGCAUCCGAUUACCUUGCGUACAACACUAAACUCACCAGAAAAAUGAACGCUGCGUAUGAUAUUUGGACUCACCUGAGCCCGGAAUCAAAGAAGUUUGUACAGGACUUUAAUGAAGUCUUGUUUGAAGAAGAAGAAGUGUGGUCGAAGACGCUAAAGCGGAAGUCAUCUUUUCAUAAGUUGAAACCAUUUGUGGAAUCUUUGAGCAAGAAGGCUCGCGAUGAGUUGUGCGAAAUUUACAAAGGGUUCGCAGCGUUUCUCAAAGAAUUUGGGAAGAAAUGCGACAUAUGAAAGAAAUGUUCUAACACCGGACUAUCAGCCUUUGGAUUAGCAACCUGCUUUCUCUACUUCAAUACAUAGUCUUCAUAUUAGUGCUUUCCGUGGGAUGAAAUUUACAGAAUACAUGAAGUUCAUGGGAAUAAG